AUGGAUGCACACACAAAGAAAACCGAACCAACCAACACUGACAUAGAAGAGGAUGAUAAGAAACCCUACAUUCUGCAAUUGCCAGACCACAUAACAGUGCAGAUAUUCUGCAAAGUCCCAAUUAAAACCCUCAUCCAAUGCCAGUGUGUGUGCAAGUCUUGGCGCCAUUCGCUCUCAGACCCCCAGUUUACCAAACACCUAUUUUCACAAACACCCCCUUCAUUUUUGUUCCAUGGCUUAAGAGGCGGCCCCAUAAACCCCAAAUCGGAGGGAUACUUAUUGUUCGACCUUGAUAAGGUCUCAAACCCAAAUGACUUUGUACUGAAGCUUGCUAGAGAUCCAAAUGUCCACGCUCUUCGUGUGGGCAUUUUGGGUUCUUGCAAUGGUUUGCUCUGCAUAUAUGAAUUGAACCAACGCCAUUUUUACAUUUCCAAUCCCAUUACUAGCGAGUCUUUAGCGCUUCCAGUGAUAUCCUUGUCUCCCCAUACUAUCGCCUAUUGUCAGCGUCGGAGAAUUGAUAAUCCGUAUUAUUGUGGGUUUGGGUUUAGUCCCAUCAGUAAUGUCUACAAAGUUGUUGUGUUUAUGUCUCCGAGUGAUAAAUCUAGUGAAGAUGAAGUAUUGGUUUUGACUGUUGGCUCCAGGAUUUGGAGAAGCAUUGGGGAUGUGUCUGUGUUCCCUUCCUCUCGGUUUCAACCAUAUGGGGUUUAUCUUAAUGGAUUCCUUCAUUGGGUUGGUCAGUAUGGGGAUAGUUCGACUUUCAUAUGGGCCUUUGACGUUGAAAGGGAGCAUUUCCAGCAGUUACCACUUCCUCCCUGUUAUUUGGACUUAGACCAGCUGCCGAGCUGUUUGGAUUUGCUAGAAACUCAAUUUACCCUUGGAGUCUUGAAUGGUUGCCUCUCUGUAACUGUUCGCUCUUGCUCGACUCGUAAUAUCAAUGUCUGGAUGAUGAAGGAUUAUGGCAUUAACGAGUCUUGGACCAAAGAGCUUGAAAUUAGCAACGAAGCACUUGAUUCUCCAACUUUUGCCCGAGUGUUGAAGUUUACAGAGGAGGGGAAAGUCUUGUUGUUAAAUGGGUCUCACUUGCAGGCUUACACUCCUGGAACAAGGGGUGUUGUGAUGGUUGAGGUUGAUGGGAUGCUAUCAUUGAUCGAUGAGUGUGUUCAUAUUCCAAGCUUUCUGCAGCUUAGAGAUAUCAUCGCAGGCUAG